AUGUUUCCUGAUGAUGAUGAACGAUCGGCGUCACCACUUAUAACUAACAUCCCACAUAAUGAGAACCAAGAAAAUGAAGAUCCACUCAAUGUAGACCAAUCGGUCUAUACUGACGAACAAUUUAAAGUUUCUGUACCUAGUGAUGGUGGUGCUGGUUGCUCUAAAGAUAUCGAUACAGAAAUUGUAAAUAAUUCGGAGAUUUCACCAGAUUCUUUUGUUGUUGUCGAAUUACUCUACAAUGAGAAUACGAAAAAAACAAACUGA